GUUCAGUCAGCUGAUUCUCGGCUUCUCCUGCGGCAGAGACGCUACUGACGGUCGGACAGGAUGCCUUUCUCUGAGCUGUAUUUUAACGUGGAUAAUGGCUACCUGGAGGGCCUGGUCCGAGGAUUUAAAGCUGGAAUAUUGUCCCAGGCGGACUACUUAAACCUUGUUCAGUGUGAGACCCUGGAAGAUCUAAAGCUCCACCUGCAGAGCACAGACUAUGGCAGCUUCCUGGCAAACGAGGCAUCUCCUCUCACCGUGUCCGUUAUCGACGACAAGCUGAAGGAGAAGAUGGUGGUGGAGUUUCGCCACAUGAGGAACCAGUCGUACGAGCCUCUCGCCAGCUUCAUGGACUUCAUCACAUACAGCUACAUGAUUGAUAACGUCAUCCUGCUGAUCACGGGGACCCUCCACCAGCGGGCCAUCUCUGAGCUGGUCCCCAAGUGUCAUCCACUGGGCAGCUUCGAGCAGAUGGAGGCGGUCAACAUCGCUCAGACUCCUGCAGAGCUCUACAACGCCAUCCUGGUGGACACACCUCUAGCUGCGUUCUUCCAGGACUGCAUAUCUGAGCAGGAUCUGGAUGAGAUGAACAUUGAAAUCAUUCGAAACACACUUUACAAGGCUUACCUGGAAGCUUUCUACAAGUUCUGCUCCAACCUGGGAGGAACCACAGCGGACACCAUGUGUCCUAUCCUGGAGUUUGAAGCCGACAGGCGAGCCUUCAUCAUCACCAUCAACUCCUUCGGCACAGAGCUGUCCAAAGAGGACCGGGCCAAGCUCUUCCCCCACUGUGGAAAGCUUUACCCAGAAGGCCUUGCUCAGCUGGCCCGGGCAGAUGAUUACGAGCAGGUCAAGGCCGUCGCUGAUUUCUAUCCUGAGUACAAGCUCCUGUUUGAGGGCGCCGGCAGCAACCCAGGAGACAAGACGCUGGAGGACCGUUUCUUCGAGCAUGAGGUGAAGCUGAACAAACUGGCCUUCCUAAACCAGUUCCACUUCAGCGUUUUCUACGCCUACGUCAAGCUGAAGGAGCAGGAGUGCAGGAACAUCGUGUGGAUCGCCGAGUGCAUCGCCCAGCGGCACCGCGCCAAAAUCGACAACUACAUUCCUAUCUUCUAAUCCUCCUCUUCCUUCCUGCUUCCUCUUCCUGUGGUCAUUUCAUUCAGUCUUACAGAAUUUUCCAUCUCGAUGUUAAAGAUUCUGAUGGUUGGCGCUAAAUUCCCUUCAUUCUUCUCUGGUCGGUGUAAAUUAGUCCCGGACACAUCGGUUUGUCCUUAACCAUGUUAACACAUAAUAAACUUUAAUAAACAGGUGAGGAGAGCCACAGUCAGACAGAGCGGGCUGGUUCAGCUUUAACCUGCUCAUUUGACUUUCAAACACUAACCUCUGAUUGUCUAAACUUUCAGACACAUGGCGUGCUUUUUUUGGCCACGCCCGACCAACCAGACAAACACGAUGUAAAGAUAAACCCGGACAGCAGCUUAGCUGUGGAGAAUGGUGAUUUAUUUCAGUGUAAACUCUCUGAGCUCAUGAAAAUCACAGACGCUGUAGAGUUACAGUUAAAACCCUGUUCAGGUUUUUCUCCCACCUGAAAUCUCAGACUGUCCCUGUUUUGGAUUUAAGAACCUAACGGACAUGAAAACGUUCCUCCACUCAGCAUCAGCCUCCUCCAGCAUCCCUAGAUUUAUUUAUUUCUGUUUGUUGUGCUAGAGUGUGUCAGCAUGUCUGCUCAUCUCUGUGUUUCUGUCUGAAGCGUGUGAGCCCCCUCCCUCCCUGAUAGCCGUCUUCACUGGAUUGUUGUUAGAUCUGAGCAGAAUCUUCCGGUCCUUUCCGUCUCUGUUCCCGCGUGAACUCUGGCGUUUAUCUAGAUGAACGUUCUGGAACGAGGCAAAAUCUACCACAAGUAUAUGGCAGACUUGAUGUUUAAAGUAUACAAAGAUAUAAAGAUAUUUAAAGAUGAGUAUAUGAUUUUGUUUUUCAUGCUGUAAAAUUGAUUUAUUGCCGUUUUGAUCUGUUUCUUACUUGUGAAAUGUGUAUUGUAAAUGUGACAAAAUGAUUAAACAGACUGAACUGCACUGA